AUUUUAUAGACGCGCCGAAUUGACACCGCGCAAACUGAGUUUUUUUUGUACAAAUAAUUGUUAUAACUGAAGAAGUAACGCGUAUACUUCAAGAAAUUAGGCUUUACUCGGUUUUCGUGAGUGUGAGAUUUGGUGCAAAGCGAGAAGCGCAAAUUGCGGUAAAAACUUGGACUUUGUCAUGUUUCGCAGCAGCCUGGAGGGCAACGCCACAAACGACAACUAUGCGGCGUUCCAUAGCAGGGGCGGCCUCAAUCUGCUGGGCCUCCAAGACCUGUACUUGGACACGGCAUCCACGCUAGGUUCUGGCAGCUCCAGUCUGCCACCGACGCCCAGCGUCUCGUCGGGCACACUGAGUCCCCCCAGCACUCCUCUGACCCCGGAACCCCAGCAAUACGGUUCCCAGACUCAGUUCCCCCUGCUGACGGGCAACAGUAACAUGAACAUGAACAUGAACAUGGGCCUUCACACCGGCCAGAACAUGCUGCUGCACCAGCAUUACCAAUACCACCUGAUCAUCCAGCAGCAGCAGCAGCAGUUGGCGCUGGCCAACCAUCACUUGGCGCUGGCCGCAUCCGCGGCCGCUUCUGGCGUGAACCAUCAGCAGAAGGAUGAAAUAGCGCGCUCCUUGAAAGUAUUUGCUCAGCUGACAAGCGGCCCGGCAGAAAAUGUGCCCGGCUCCACGCAGGAUGUUAUGCAGGAGUUUGCGAGCAACGGAUACGCCAGUGAUGAUCUCAAUUGCUUUGCUUACAGUCCGGCCCCUUCGCCGGCAAAUCAGCUGCACCGCAAUUUAGCCGCUGCCGGAGCAGCAGCCAAUCAUCCACCUCAGGUUGUGCCCGCACCUGCCCCACUGUCCGCACGCUGGCUCCAAAACUAUCGCGAGCAGCUGAACAAUGUGUGGCGCUCUAUGGCCUACAUGCCCUGCAUUGGCACCAAUGCCAAUGCGGGACUGCAGGUCCACGCGCAGGCUCAGGCAGCAUCAAACAAUCUGAGCGCCAUGGGACUAGGGCUGCCGUUGCAGCCGGAUCAUUUCCGACAUGGCAGCAAUCCAAGUAACAACAACAACAAGAUGAACAAGCGCUACAAGCCCAAAGAGAUCAGCCGCCAUUGCGUGUUCUGUGAGAACAACAACGAACCCGAGGCGGUGGUGAACAGUCACUCGGUGCGCGACAAUUUCAAUCGCGUACUGUGCCCCAAGCUGCGCACCUAUGUGUGCCCGAUUUGCGGGGCAUCGGGCGAUUCGGCACACACCAUCAAAUACUGCCCGAAGAAGCCGAUCAUAACCAUGGAAGAUGCCAUCAAUGCGGAGUCAUUCCGCCUGGCAAAAAGCAGCUACUACAAGCAGCAGAUGAAGGUUUAGAAAAAGUCUAGCCGAAGAACCCACACGGAACUCUGGCAGUUUUAAGCUGCGCGUAUAUAGCUUUAUAUAUAUGCGAUUUCGGUUCCUGAGCUAGAUACUAGAUAUUAGCGCCUGGCGCGUUCGAUUUUAUUGUUUCUUAAACUAGUCUGCGGCUAAGAGUGUAGUCAGUGACUGAUUACUCAAAUCAAAUCAAAAUUUUUUCUCAUAUCGGAACCAUUUUUUUACAUCAUAAAUCAAUGUUUCUACAAACCAAAUAAUUAACUAAUAAUUAGGAAUACUCACAACAUCGUUAUACUUGUUAAAUCGUGCGUGCCGAUAGAAACA